AUGGAUGCAGAUUUCUUGGGAAUGCGUCCGGCGGAAUUCUAUCGUCUGAGACAUGGGGAAGUUGAACGUGAGCUAGAGCGGCGCUUCCCUCAGUACAUCGACGAUGAGAAGCUUCUAGAUAUUUACACCAAAUGGCUUGUCUUCCAAAUCCCUAACCUGGACUACCGUUCCCACCUGCAUUCGUCUGAAACUAUUCGGAGGGGCUGCGACUACUUGAGCUCUAGGAACUACAACAAGGGGCUUGUCAUCAGUGCCUUCUCAAGGCACAAAGGCUUCUUUCUCAAGGACCGUCCCGAGAAUAGGCGGGCCUUCAACCUUGCCAGACGAGACGUUGAGAUCAGCUACGAAGCACCGCCUCGUUUGCUCUCGAAGUCAGAUCCUUCACCCAACAGCACUUCUCGCUCUUUGAAGACGGCAGCGAACUCGACCAGAUCAGCCCUCUCCCGGGACCAGUCAACUAUGGGAACUCCAGCCACCAGGUCACCAGAAAAACCCCAGCCUGACUUAGACGCUCUGAGCCCCAGUAACCGGAAGAAGAUGUUUCAUCGUUUGAAUGCGGUCAAGCCUACCGAUUCAUCCUCCGUCAAGAUCACCAAGAAAACAUCUGUGCCGACUUCGCCAGAGAUUCAGCUGCCUCCUGCCAGCUACAUCUGCAAGCGCUGUGGAAUACCAGGUGAUUUAACAAAGAGCUGCUCGAGAGAAUCGUCAGCUUGCUAA